UCCCAUCUUCUCCUCAAUAAUUUGCCAAAUAAAUUAUCUGAAUCGAUUUAAAAAUUUAAAACAAAAUCUCAAGAAGCGACGGUGUGUUGUUCUUCGUCGACUUCACUCCCCCACUCCUCCAAGCUCUCACCCCCAUCUAAAGGAAGGACCGAACGAAGGAAAGCGAGCAAGAAAGCGGUGACGGCAAUGGUUUCUUGCAGCUCUUUUCAGGGAAUCGUCUUCCUCCCUGUCCCAAACAAAACCCCCAAAAUUCUCGUAUCCGCCGCCAACGUUAUAUUCUAUUCCGCUGCUGGAAAUGAUAUAGCUUGGAAGCCGCUCUCUAUGAUCCGGUGCAAGAGCGUCAGAUCGGUCUCGGCGCUGGCGUCCUCGUCGACGGACGACCUCCGGCCGGAGUUGGAUGAGAAUCCGGAGGGCAUCAUCUCCGGUGAGUGGCCGGAGAACUUCUCCCUACUUAGCUACGACGACCUCCGCGCCUACCUCGAGACACAAAUCAUCAGCGACAAGAUGAAGCCGAUGGCGCUGUUGGGGGAAGUGAUGUCGACGCAGAUCCGGACGGCGACGGCCGACCAGACGCUGGAGGAGAUAGAUCACCACUUUGAGGUCGUGUCGGGGCUUCCGGUGAUCGACGCAGAGCUUAAAUGCAUUGGAGUGGUCUCCAAGCAGGACAGGGCCAAAGCCUUCGAUGGGUUGAAAUCAAAGGUUGGUGAAGUCAUGUCCUCUCCUGCCAUCACUUUGUCACCUGACAAGACAGUUUUGGAUGCCGCAGCUUUAAUGCUUAAGAUGAAGAUCCAUAGGAUACCAAUCCUAAAUGAAAAACAGCGAGUUGUAGGAAUGGUUACUCGGACUGACAUAUUCCAGGCACUGGAAACCAAGGUGGUGUAAGCUCUCUGUUUCAUAAGAACGCUCACCUGCUUUGUAAAUAUGAAAAUAAGUUAAAACAUGCACAUAAGAUCUACGCAGCUGUGACUUUGUGACUCCUACUUGUGUAUUGUAUAAUAUGUCCUGUUCUUUUGUUUGUGGUGAAACUGUUCUUGUGGUUUGUAUCAAAAAAAAAAACCUGUUCUUGUGGUGGACCUGAAAUCAUAUAUGAGUAACCCAAUUUCAUGCUUAGAAUGCAGAUCUUAAUUUA